UUGUAUCAUUCCCAUACCCAAUAACAAAAGAGAGCAAAGGUAAUGUAAAAAAACAGCUGUGUUAAAACUAGAAUUGAAUUCAGAUAAACAAAUAAUUUUCUAAAACAUGACCCUUAAGUUAUCUGAUCCUGUGAUAAAGGGUCUUCAGCAAUUGGGUACAGAAAUAAAUAUAGACAUUUCCAAAAAACUUAUAGCAAACACACUAAAACAUACACUUUCCCCUGAAGCAAGUGUUCCUCCAGUGCCGGAUAUCUACGUUACGAAUGCGGAUAAAGCGAAACUUAGUGAAUAUGCUGUAGUGACGUUAUUAGUGGUAGCUACCAAACACGGCACUGAUGCUGGGAUUUUACGAACGCUUUUGGAAAAAUAUGAAAUCCAAUCAACUAUUUUAGAGGAAUUGGUACGCACAUAUGAGGAUCACCGAAAAGAACUAACCAUUCGUCAAUUGCAAAUAGGCAGUGAUUUUCCACAUAUUACCGACGUACAAUGGCGCAUUAUGGCUGAUGUUCGCUCAUCUACUUCUGAUUGUAGUUCCGGUGAAGUGAGUUUUCAUGUAAACCUUGGCCGUUAUAAUGAAACCAAUGGAGAACGAGAAACUAUUGUAGAAUUUGUAUGCAGUACUGAGGAAAUGCAAUUACUAAUUAAUAAAUUAAAAGAAAUUGAAAGACAUUGUGAGAAAGUGGCUAAUAAAUAAACAACAAAAAGCUCAACAAUUUAUAUAACUCGGAA